AUACAGAGGAGUGGAGUCACAAAUACUAGGGCACAGGUGAGCGAGAGGCCAGAGCGCGCUGGGGCUGCCUGGCUGAGCCGACUGCUGAGUGUGGAUUAACAGCUGCAGGGACACCUGCCCGAAAAUCCCAUGGCAGGAUCCUGUGAGAUCAGCAAUCUCCUUUCAAACUACAUCUCUGCCAUGUACCAGUCAGAGGAAGUUCCUGCAGACACAGACCUGCUGACCCACCUUGAGGAUGAUGAUAAUCUUCCUCCCCCACUGUCUAACAUAAACGUGCCAACAGAAACAACUGGCAGACCCACAUGGUAUGGUGAGAUGCCCCAUUGCUGGAGCAAGUCUCAAGUCCUGGACUGGAUCAGCUACCACGUGGAGAAGAACAAGUAUGACGCCAGUGCCAUUGACUUCUCCUGUUGCAACAUGGAUGGCAACACCCUUUGCCAGUACACACGGGACCAGCUUGGGCUCAUCUUCGGACCCCUGGGUGACGAACUGUAUGAACACCUGCAUGAAAUCACUUCAGUCCCAGAUGAACUAGGAUGGAUUAUGUCCGUGCUGGACUCCAACCCCUUAGCAGAAACUUUUGGAAACACUUGCUGUCAGGAGGAGGAGAUGAAAUUAGCAAACCUUUUCUCACCGCCUGACUUCUACUUCCCUGGAGCCAUGUCACCAGACAGUUCUGGGUCUCUCACAGGGACUAUGUCCCAGAGCCCUCACUCUCAGGACUCCGGUGGAAGUGACCUUGAACUUGACCCCAUAGAUAUGAAGCACAGUCCCUUUUCCGAUGACGACUAUAAAAAAGAUCUCAAAAAGCGGAAAAGGGGACGUCCCAGGAAAGUCAGCAAGGAGAACAGAGACUGCCUGGAGACCAAAAAGAGCAAACACUCAGCCCCAAGAGGCAUCCACCUGUGGGAAUUCAUCCGGGACAUCCUAAUUCACCCAGAGAUGAACGAGGGGUUGCUGAAAUGGGAAGACCGCCGAGAAGGCAUUUUCAAGUUUCUACGCUCUGAGGCGGUGGCUCAGCUGUGGGGACAGAAGAAGAAGAACAACAGCAUGACUUACGAGAAGCUGAGCCGAGCCAUGAGGUAUUACUACAAGCGGGAGAUCCUUGAGCGAGUGGAUGGUCGGCGGCUUGUGUACAAGUUUGGGAAGAACUCCAGCGGGUGGAAGGAGGAAGAGGUGCAAGAAAGAAGCUAAAGAGAGCUGCAGGAGCCAAACAUGGACUUGGCUUUGGCCCACUGGUGCUCAGAAGACUCAUUCUAAGCACAAUGCACUGAUGUGGGCCCAGAGCCCUGAAGCUGCUUUUCAAGCAGUGUGUGUUAAGACUCCGGCCCCUUCA